AUGGCGGUGGUGCUGGCGGUCCCUUCGCCUCUGCUCAAGAUCCGUGGCUGCCUUCGGGGUUGGUUGGGGUGGCUCGGUAGCCAGAGUCCUCCGUGGGCUCCUGCGUUGGCUGUACAGGGUCCAGCUUCUUUGCUUGAGCCCAUGGGAGAGAAAGCUGAAAGCGAUGAGACGCCAAGCUUUUUAGACAACGUAUUUUGGAUGGCAGUUCCAAAGUCGAGGCGGACCAUCGAGGUGAAUCGCUGCAGGCGAAGGAAUCCUAGAAACCUUAUAAAAAUUAAGAGAAACAUCGAUGUUUGUCCCCAGUGUGGUAAUGUAAAGCUGAAGCACGUCCUUUGUGGCUAUUGUUACCAGAAGGUGAAACUGGAGACAACUGCCAUAAGGUCCCAAAUAAGGACCCAGGAAGGAGGACCUUUUAGGGCUCCUACCACUGAGACGGUUGUUCUGUAUGAAGGAGAGAAGCCUAAAGAGCAAGACGAAGGGAAGCGGAUCAUAGAACGAAACAGGAAGCGCCCGUCUUGGUUCACUCUGGACUGAUGAUUUAGCACUGUGGAUUCUCAGGUUACAAAC